GCAACAGCAACAGCGGCGGCGGCGUUGAUCCGGCGGGCCGCGGGAACGGACAGCCAGGAUCGCGCGCCGUCGCCAUCGUGCGGCUGGUGCGGCGGCGGCGGGUGAUCGAGAGGCCAUAAAAUGCCCGGGAGAAUAGUGUGCCCAACCCAUCAGUGACCAGUUCCAGCGAACGAGAAGCAGAAGCGGAAGCCCACCAGUAGCAGAUUCCAGCUAGCUCCGGCCCGGGCGCCAUGGCCGUGGCGCUGCUCGCCUCCCUGCUCCUCGCUCUCCUCCUCCUCGUACCCUCGCCCCUAUCCGCGGGCGGCGACGCGCACCCGGGGUACCCCUCCGGCGAGGGCACCUGCACGGUGGACUCCGACGCCGGCGGCGGCGGGUUUUGGUUGCGGGAGCGCGGCCCCGCCGGGCGCAUCAUCGACAUCACGCACGCGUACGUGCCGGACCUGCCUGCGUUCGCGCCGGGGGCGGUGGCGGGGCCCGUGGUGCGGCUCAAGCACUCCAUGGCGGAGGGCUCCGAGUACAACCUGUCGGAGCUGCGGAUGGAGUGCCACACGGGCACCCACGUCGACGCGCCGGGGCACAUCAACCAGGACAACUUCGCCGCCGGCCUCGACGUCGACACGCUCGACCUCGACGUCCUCAACGGACCUGCAUUACUGGUUGAUGUUCCAAGGAACACAAAUAUAACAGCUGAAGCAAUGGAAUUCCUAAAAAUCCCCAAAGGAGUUCGCCGAGUGCUAUUCAGGACACUGAACACUGACAGGAAGCUGAUGUGGAAGAAGGCAGGUGACCUUAGUUAUGUUGGAUUUACAGAGGAUGGUGCACAGUGGUUGGUUGACAACACUGACAUCAAGCUAGUUGGGGUUGACUAUCUCUCAGUUGCAGCAUUUGAUCACUUGAUCUCUGCCCAUGUCGUCUUCUUCAAAAAUCCGGACAUAAUCCCAGUCGAAGGUCUGAAACUAGACGAUGUCCCGGCGGGAAUAUACAAUCUGCAUUGCUUACCUCUCAGGCUGGUUGGAGCUGAGGGUUCACCCGUCAGAUGCAUCCUUAUCAAGUGAUCACUCCCUGGUGUUGCCGAAGGACAAACUGUAUCAAGCCACCUGAUGCUCCAUCCUGGCUUGAUAUCUUGGUGCGUACUGAGCCAUGUCUGUAUGAAAAGGAAAUGCUGCAAGCCACGUAGUCAUGUAGAUAUGUCUGGACAUUUCAGAAAAUAUACUACCUCCGUUCUCUAUUAUAUGACGUUGGUUAGCUCAUUUUUUAACUAAUCAGCGUCAUAUAUUAAAGGAUGGAGGGAGUAUAAAUAAAGCAACAGCAAUAUUUCUGUCGUGGUAAUGUAAAAGUAAGCUGUGGGUAAGUCUGUGGUGUAAGAACAGCUGGCUCGAACUUGAGAUCUCAAGGAUUUGGGUCCCUGUCAAAUCCCGAUAGAGCCUUAAAAUUUCUUAGGGUUGUCAAGCAGCUUGUACUCUCCUCCCAAAUUUCUAGUUACGAUUAGCCUGAAAAUUCAGAAGCUACUGCCCCCAAGAAGGUUAUCAGAAUAUAACGAUGGCAAUAGUUGUGUUCA